UGUUUUAAUCAAAAUCACUUUAAAUUCUCUACAGCAGUCAUUCCUAGUUAGCCUGUUGUAGAUAGCAGGCUAUGUCUGGGAUGUUGAGGUCUCGAGGUGAAAAUGGUAAUUUAGCCAACAAAUCACAAACAGUCACAGUUUUUAGAAUCAACAUUAUUGAUUUUACGAAAGGAGCCAAAUGGGCCAGACUUUGGACAUGCCAGAUAGGGCUAUAGGCUGGUAACAUUUUUAACUUAUUGUGUCAGGAAGGGCUCUCCGCCAAACCAUGUGUGCAGAUCGGUGCUUAAAAGUGAACAACAACAUACAUGUAAGCUUUCAUGAAAAUGUAUUUUAGUCUAUGUGGUUCUAGAGAAAAAUCGAUUUGGCAAUAUAUCACAAUAUUUAAUUUGGCAAUAUUGUGUCGAUCUGAAAUCCUGACAAGAUGAUGUUUAAUUAUUUUUGAGGAAACGUAGUUUUACUUUUUUGUUCCACUUAAACCCUCGGCCGCUUUGUUGUGUUUGAAGACCAUAUUCACUAUUCCCUUUAAGAAAAAGAAAAAAUAUUUUCUUAAUUUUCAAAAAGUUAAGCUAUGAAUUUGGUAAAAGUAACUAAGAUACAGUAGUGCCUAAUGUUGAGAUCAUUAAAUAGGUCUCUUACAAUUUUAUUACCAUGAAAAGCAUUAUAAUAUUCAGGCAGUUUUUCUUUUUUGUGAGUCAUCCUCUUCCAAAAAAAAAAAAAAAGUGAAAAAUUGUUCUGGUACAGUCAUGGGAUAUAUCGCGAUACGUAUUAUAUCGUGAGACAUGUGUCACGAUAUAUAUUGUAUUGCCAGACUCUUUAAUACAUAGCCCUAGUUUUUAGUUAUUAUAUGCGUUAAAUCCGAUGUUACAUAGUGUUUUAUACCCUACAGAGGCGUCACAUCGCCAUUAUGCAAUAACUCGGAGCGCGCGAGGAUCCCUGACAAACUGAUCGAUUCCAUCCAUCAGAGCGGCGCUGUUCCUCUGGACUCUAUAAAUCAGGACGGAGGAGGACGCGUCCGUACCAGGACCUCCCCUCCCGCCAGUCACCAUGACAACAGUCGUGAAUGGUGGCGGAUGGGGGGAGAGAGAGACAGAGAGAGAGGAGAGCGUGCGGAGCUGAGACAGACAGGUGUUGCUGCGGGUUUGCGCAUCGUCCGUCCGCGAGCCCGUGCGGCGGCAUGGGAGCCGAGUUGAUGACAGCGCCAGUGCGCCACAGCUCCACACGUGUUGUGCAGUUGGGUUCCUCCAAACACGGAUUCUAAUUCGCUUUGAGAGACUCUAAGUGAACGCCGCCAUGGUGCACCACUCGGGCUCCAUCCAGUCCUUCAAGCAGCAGAAAGGUAUGCACACCAGCAUCAGCGAGAUCCUGAAGGAGAAGAGCCUGAAACCGUCUCGCCGGAGCCUGCCCUGCUUGGCCCAAAGUCAGACCCACCCCAUCAACCUCAACCACUUCCUGUCCGUUCCCCUGAGCCCAGACCCUAAACCAGAGAUCGAGGGCCUGAGCCAGAGCAUCAGCACUUCCUGCAGCAUCCUCCCUCCUCAAACAGAUGGCAGAGAAAACCGUGUAGAAGAGACUGAAGUGAGAACAUGUGAAACAAGAGCAGACCAGCCCUUCCUGCUGCACAAGCCGGUCAGCCGAGCUAAAUUUGGAGCCCGCACAGUUUCUCAACAGGAAAAGGAUCCGGCAAACUCUUCCGGCCUCUUUUUCCGAGAUGGGAAAAAGAGAAUUGAUUACAUCCUGGUUUACAAAAAGUCCAGUCCUCAAGUGGAGAAGAGGUGCACGUUUGAGAAGAAUUUGAGAGCUGAGGGUCUCAUGCUGGAGAAAGAGGUAAAACCCUCCCUGACAAACAACGACAUCAUGUUUGUGAAAAUUCAUGCUUCCUGGGACACACUUUGUAAAUAUGCAGAGCGGAUGAACAUCAGAAUGCCUUUCAGAAAAAAAUGCCACUUUUCAGAGAUGAGGAGCAAAGGCCUUGGCAGCAGGUUUCAUCUGAGAUGUCGACAGAUAAAGAACUGGUUUCCCAGAAAUCCCAUGAAGCUGGACAAAGAGGCUCUGCCCGACCUGGAGGAAAGUGACUGCUACACCGCUCCUUUCAGCAGAGCGCGCAUGCAUCAUUUCAAAAUCAGCAAUAGAGAGACUUUCUUCUCAAACUCGACCAGAAGCAGAAUUGUUCAUCAUGUCCUUCAGCGCACCAAGUAUGAAGAUGGGAAAUCCAAGAUGGGUAUAAACCGUUUACUGGGUAACAACACAUACGAGGCUGCAUUUCCUCCACAUGAGGGCGGCUACAAGAGUCGGCAUCCCAUUAAAACUCACGGUCCUCAGAACAACAGGCACCUUUUGUACGAGCGCUGGGCCCGCUGGGGGAUCUGGUAUAAAUAUCAGCCUCUGGACCUCAUCAGGCGCUACUUUGGAGAGAAAAUUGGUCUUUAUUUUGCAUGGUUGGGCUGGUACACCGGCAUGUUAAUCCCUGCAGCCCUCGUCGGUGUCUUUGUCUUCCUUUAUGGACUUUUCACUAUGGACUCAAGCCAAGUCAGUAAGGAAAUUUGUGAGGCAAACACCACCACCAUGUGCCCUAUGUGUGAGAAAACCUGUGACCCGUGGACGCUGAGCGAUAGUUGUGUCUACGCGAAGGUGACUCAUCUAUUUGACAAUGGUGGAACUGUGUUCUUUGCUAUCUUCAUGGCUAUCUGGGCCACUGUAUUCCUGGAGUUUUGGAAAAGAAGAAGAGCUGAGCUGACAUACGACUGGGAUCUCAUUGACUGGGAAGAAGAGGAGGAGGAGCUGAGGCCUCAGUUUGAGGCCAAGUACUCCAGGAAGGAGAGGGUUAACCCGAUUUCUGGCAAAGCGGAACCCUUCCAGCCCUUCUCGGACAAACUGAGCCGCCUCAUGGUGUCCGUAUCUGGAAUAUUCUUCAUGAUUUCUCUGGUUUUAACCGCCGUGUUUGCUGUGGUCGUUUUCCGGCUUAUUGCAAUGGAGAAGUUUGCUUCCUUCAAAUGGCAUUUUGUUACGAAGAACUUGCAGUUUGCCACAUCGGGCACCGGCGUCUGCCUCAACUUCAUGAUCAUCAUGUCUCUCAAUGUGGUUUAUGAAAAAGUGGCCUAUCUGCUGACUAAUUUAGAGCACCCACGCACAGAGUCGGAAUGGGAGAACAGCUUUUCUCUGAAAAUGUUCCUGUUCCAGUUUGUGAAUUUGAACAGCUCCACCUUCUACAUCGCCUUUUUUCUUGGAAGGUUUGCUGGCAGGCCUGGAAAAUACAAUAAACUCUUUAAUCGAUGGAGGCUGGAGGAGUGCCAUCCAAGCGGUUGUCUGAUUGAUCUGUGCCUGCAAAUGGGGGUGAUCAUGUUCUUCAAACAGAUCUGGAACAACUUCAUGGAGCUUGGUUAUCCUUUGCUGCAGAACUGGUGGUCCCGUCGGAAGAUCAAGAAAGGAGGUGGUGGUGGGCAGAAUGUGGAGAGUAAAAGUCAGCUUCCACAGUGGGACAAAGACUGGAAUCUGCAGCCGAUGAACGCUCACGGGCUGGUGGAUGAAUACCUUGAAAUGGUUCUCCAGUUUGGUUUCACCACCAUCUUUGUCGCAGCGUUCCCUCUGGCUCCCUUCCUUGCUCUGCUCAACAACAUCAUUGAAAUCCGUCUGGAUGCCUACAAAUUUGUCACUCAGUGGAGGAGACCCAUGCCGGCCAGAGCUACUGAUAUAGGUAUCUGGCAUGGCAUUUUGGAGGGGAUCGGCGUGCUGGCUGUCAUUACCAACGCCUUCGUCAUUGCCAUCACCUCUGACUACAUCCCCCGCUUUGUUUAUGCCUUCAAAUACGGCCCCUGCAUGGACAAGGGACACCACCACGAGAAUGAGUGCCUGCAAGGCUACGUGAACAGCAGCCUGUCUGUGUUUGAUAUGUGGGAGGUGAAGAACACCAGUCAGUCCAGAUACUGCAGGUACAGAGAUUACAGAGCGCCACCCUGGAGCUCAGUACCCUACGAGUUUACCCUGCAGUUUUGGCACGUCCUGGCUGCCAGGCUGGCAUUCAUCAUCGUCUUUGAGCACCUGGUGUUUGGGAUCAAGUCGUUUAUAGCAUACCUCAUUCCAGACAUGCCCAAGGAUCUGUGCGAUCGCAUGAGAAGGGAGAAGUACCUGAUGCAGGAGAUGAUGUACGAAGCAGAACUCGAGCAUCUCCAAAAGGAGAGGAAGAAGAACGGGAGGCAAUAUCACCACGAGUGGCCUUAGCUUUGUCCUCACGCGUCCUCUACCAGCCGCUUAUCGCUCCGCUCACAGGCACAUAAACGCUUAUUUUUACGUUUUCUCAGCUUCGAGAGUCUAGCUUGUCGAUUCUCUGCACCAAAGACAACCUCCUGAGAUCCCCCCCCAGCGGUCUGGCUUCAGUCCGAGCUCUGACUACAAAGUUCUCCCCGGCCAUCUGUCCCACGUCCUCGUUUCUGCUCCACCCAGCCCGGUCUCUCACCUGCCUCCUUCCAUCCACCAGGAUGCUCUCGGCUCUGUGCUGCGUCACAGCUUCAGCGGGAAAAUCUUUGCAAUUCGUAAUGUUUACUAUGCAGAUCAAGGGCUGCAGAUCACCGCUCUCUCUCACCCCCCCCCCACACACACACACACACACCCCUGCACUGUGUGUGGCAGCUAGCACUUUGUUUUAACUCUGCAGCGUUGCAGCCCACAGCAUGGACAGCAUCAGCAGCGCUGUUGUCACAGCAACCGUGGCACUAAAGUUUUUGUUUGUUUGUUUCUGGUGACGAUAAAACUAUUCUUCUAGAGUUCCUAUAUAUUGCUGUUGAAGCAUGCUGAUCGAUGUCUGCAGGUGUUUCAUUAGCACAAAAAAAAAAAAACUACUUCCACAGCAUCAAUCAUGGAGGAUGUUGACAUCCAUCCAGUGCUUUUGAUUAAGAGUUUGCAUGGUAAUGCUGUUUUGUACCUUUUGAUAGACAAAGUCUUGACGCCGGGUUUACUUGUGUGUGUGUGUGUGUUUUCUCUGCUUCUGCUGGGUUUGACCGUCUGGAGGAAAUGUGAGCUUUAGUGAAAUUUGAUUGUGCCUACAGUCUUAACAAUGUGAUUGCACUCCACAGUUGUGUCACCGACAUCACAUGUGCCCCGUGUUGUGCAGCACGUGAUCUCAAUGCAAGAAAUGUUUUUCUCUCUCUGGUCUUACUUCAUCUGAUCUGCUGCAAACUCUUUUGUAAGGAUUUGGAUGUGGGUCACACCACGAUCUCUACGAAGGUCUGUGGUUUCAGUAAUGCGACUCCGCCGUACACUCGCCUGGCAACAGUCACAGAUCCGCUCUUCCGUUCUGCUUCUCUGUUUUACAUUUGCUGCUGGAAGCUCCAGAGUGUGGUUGAAACAGUAUUGGAAAUGCUUGUGGCUUGGAUGUUUCAAACGUGCAAAUACCUCCACUGUCCCUCACUACACAAAUAUUUAUGCUUCUGUUUUAGUUUUUAUUAAACAGUCAGGAGCAGAUCUCUGCACACUCCGAUGGAAAGUGGUGUCACGAAGUUGUGUUGGAUUCGCAUUUAAUUUUGAAAUUCUUUGGUCAGUAAUUAGUAAAGUUUGGCUGGCAUUCAUGUGUGAGACUAAAACUGUGUCGAUUCUAAAGUCACCGCUCCCAUCAUCUUUUGAUCUAUUGCAAAAGCGUUUCCAGUUCUUUUAAUUAUAAUUAUGCCAAAAUAACAAAAAAAAAAAUGUCACUUUAUGGGACAUAGUUUCUGUAGAGCGGCAGUAGUUCAUCAUAAAUUGACCUCUGAGUUGUGGGCGAGACGUUUGGCGCGGAAUAAGCCCACCAUCCAUCUGUUUACACGCUGCUAGCUUACAGCCCUGCACAACAUCAGCCUAACAUUAGCGGUGCAACAAAAAUGGCGAGCAAUUUCGGAGACGUACAUGAUGUAGUCAUCUGCAAGUGGAUGUCUCACAGCGUUUUUCCGCCUGCUCCUGAUUCACGAUUUGAACUCUAAAUGAUCACACUAAUAAUGAGAGGCUUUUGUGUUUCCUUUAUAAACACAAUAGUCGAUUGAAAUGUGAAUAAAUAUAAACAAAAUAAUGAAAAAUGACUGACAUCAGUGCAAUGAAUGCACAAUGUUUAGCAUAAAUGUGUGUUUUCUUCUUUAGUAUGAUUUUUUUUUUACUUGUGUUACAUAUAAAUGUCAAAGUAACACCCACAUUUCUCAGGUGUCCUUGGAAUGUUUAAAAGCGAUCAACUUUUUAUCAUAUUUUCUAAAAUGCAGUUAGAAAUAAUCCUGCUUAUUUUAGAUAGACACUUUUGCACUCUAGUGCUUUUGCAUGACUUUUAGUUACACCCACACCCACAAAAAAGAAAACAAAAAGAAAGAAAGCAUGGUUGACACUUUAUUUAUGUAUGGACAGUUUUUUUUUUAAUUAUUAGAUCAGAAACUCCUGCUGUAAAGACCCGCUGCACACUGUAAGCUGCAGGCUGGCAAACGCCUCUUUGUGCUCGUUCUCAGUUCAUCCACUCAUCAGUUGUUUCUACACUGCAGCACUUAGGCAGCCUCUUUUCUUCCCUUGUUAUGUGAACACGGAAAAUCUAUGCAUGCUGUUAUCCUGGAGUGCUUCUUCAUUUUGAACAGAUGCAGCUGUAAAUGUACUGGUACAUUUGUACUGUAGAGUAUGCAUGUCCUAACACCUGCUUUUGACUUAAAUAACUUUUGUAAAGUUGUUAACACAUCUUAAAACAUAUCAAACAUACUCUUUUUUUCUGUAAUGUUCAGAUAUGAUAGUGGGCACAUGAUGUGUUUAAGCAGGACUUUAUACUGUUGAAAUAGUUUAUUCACGUGUCAGAAAGUGAUGAUACGUGUCUUUUACCUGACAUGUUGUGUCAAGUUGAGCCCUUUUUUUUUGCAACCCUGUUCUGUUUUAUAGCAAAACCCUGAAAGUUUAGUACUUUUGAAAAGUUGUGGGCUCCAAUAUCUUUUGAUACAUGAAAAAUAUUUUUUCAUGUAGAAAAUCCUUUAAAGGUAGUCAACUGUAAUUACUUUUUCAGCUUCCUAAAAGUAUUUUCUGUCACAUUAAAGCUGGUUUAUGGAAUUAUUUAUUUUGACUUUUGAAUGAAAUCAGAAAAAAUAGAAACAAUUGAAAUUUACUAAAAAUGGACAAGAAUUGACCAAAUAUAUGUAUAAAAUAAAAUAUUUAAAAGGUUUUUUAUUAUUUUGUUCAAAUUUCAGUUACAGUUUAAAAAAAGUUCUUUUUCUCCUCCUGGUCUCCAAAACUCACUAAGAGGCUUCAGGUGAGCACAGAUCUCUUGAUACGUCUGAAUUCAGUCUCAUUAAUAAAAUUAUAAAACACAAAUGAUCUACUUUAUAAUAUAAUAUGGGUUGAAUUUAUAAACUGACAUAAUUAAAAAGGAUAAAUUAAACUGUAUCUGACUCUACAGAUCAUAUUUUAAAAACUAUUUAGAGUUACUGUUGAAAUUCUGCAAAAAGAUUGUUAAAAACUGCUUUAAGAAAUUACAAUAAAGUUAGAUUUUUUUUUUGAAGAAAUUUAUUUUAUUUUUUUUUAUUUUUAUUUUUUUUUUAGCUUGUCGAGGCUUCUCCAGCAGAUUAACCUCCCCCCUCCUGGAAUUUAACUUCUUUUGUUAAAAGAUAAUUCACCCAUAAGAGCUGAGGUCUUUAACCUUAGCAGAUAUACUCCAUGUUAAGAAUGAAUGAUUAAAGGACUUCGAGUGUCUAAGCUGAUCCAUUUUUCUCAUUAUUUCUUGAUUUGAUUCCAUCAUCUCACUAAUACUAAUGCAGCACAGUUGUGGGAUGGGGUUUCUUGUGCUUUCUUUCUGGCAAUAGCACAUAGGAUUUACACUAUAGUAGUAAUAAUGAUCUUGUGCAUAUCAGAGAGUGUAGCUGUCUGGUCUGGGGGGUUAAGUUUUCAGUCGUGUGUCAUGCCUCCUAAUAGGAUUAAUGUGGAAGCACAGUGGAUAACUGAAUAAUAAGAUAUGACUCAUGAACUAUCAAUUACAUUGUUUACUUAAUUCCUGUUUACAUGUUUAAACACUGAAAUGUAUAAAUAUACUGCAACAUGAAUUUAUUUGGAUAUCCCUCUUUUCUGUAAUAAAUCAUGGAUUGUAUCUUUUAAAGUAAAUGGCUUUUCUGAUUUUUUUUUUUUUUCUAGAUGGAAUUUUUCUUUUUUAUGGGUUUUCAAAUGAAAGCAUGCAGAAGGCCACCCUUGGGCAAACUCUGUUUAUUUUUUCCAACUUGUUAUUAUCAUAAACCACAAUCCCUUUUGCCAAAUCGUGCUCAUGAAAGAUCAGAUCAGGUUUCUAUAACGAGCCCACUAUUUGACGCUGCUAUACUUUCCGACCACAAUAUUGAAUUUUAUGACAGUCCUGCCCAGCUGCUUUUCCAUGCGUGUCACCUCAGCAAACACAAGUCUUCAUUUUUUAGAACAAGGUCUAAACAUUCCUGGAUGUGGCUUACUUUCAGUUCUGAUGAUAGAUAUUUCAUGUUUUAACUGUUCUCUUUGUCAAGUCGCCCACGCUGAGAUCUUUCCUUUCAACUCCCCGACUACCAGAUGUUACGUAACAGCCGAGCGACAAGGAUUUCAUUGUUGAAUCCGAGGAAAGACAGAUGACACAUCUUCAUCUUGAAAUGUUGCAGCUCUGUCGGAGGCAAAACGUUAGUGGAAAUCCAGGCAAAAUAUUCAAAUAGUUCAAUUAAAAUACUGCAUACUUUUUGUUCAGUUUGCCUCAUUCUAGAAAAAAUCUAUAAAUCUAGAGAGAGAGUUUUUAAAU